AUGGGAGAAUCUGGUUUUUCAGAGCUAUCAUGCCCCACUAAAAAACUAGGUAUUCUUGUGACAAGGCGGGAACAGAGGAAGGGUCAGAUUUAUCCCGACGGGAGCAAGAGUAACAAUAAUGUUUAUAACGCUACAGCGGCGGGUAUAGUAAGCAAAAUCAUACGAAAAGAAAAAGGGGGAUACGAAAUAACCAUAGUGGAGGCAUCUGAUGGACGUCAAGUGGUUGAUAUUAUUCCUCCAGGCCCCGAACUUCUUGUUUCAGAGGGCGAAUCCAUCAAACUGGAUCAACCAUUAACGAGUAAUCCUAAUGUGGGUGGAUUUGGUCAAGGGGAUGCGGAAAUAGUACUUCAAGAUCCAUUACGUGUACAAGGCCUUUUGCUCUUCUUGGCAUCGGUUAUUUUGGCACAAAUCUUUUUGGUUCUUAAAAAGAAACAGUUUGAAAAGGUUCAAUUGUCCGAAAUGAAUUUCUAG